AUGGCGAGACCUGGGGCUUUGGGUUCAAAUCUCGCCGACCUGGCCAGCUAUUUACUUACAAAUGGUCCUCGCAAAGUAUAUCCAGCCUCUCGACGGGUACGUGUCAUCCACAACCAUACUAUAAUUGUGGAUACAUCCAAGGCUAUGCACGUUUGGGAGCAUGAUGGCUAUCCUCAAUUCUAUGUGCCUCUGAGUGAGCUCAGGAAUUGCUCCAAACGGGAUACCCAACUUAUUCGGAGUGAUGGCGUUGCCAGAGCUGCGGUUGUGGAGGUUACCAUUCCAUCAAGGAAUGGCAUCAAAGAGGUCAAGACAGAUCGCGUGCUUCGAUUUACAGACGAUAAGAGCCUUGGCGCAUUAGCAGGCUUAGUGCGCUUGGAAUUUGGAGCCAUGGACCAAUGGCUUGAAGAAGAUGUCCCCGUGUAUGUUCACCCAAAGGAUCCCUUCAAGCGCAUUGAUAUCCUCCCCUCUUCAAGACCAAUAGAAGUCAAAGUCGGAGGCAAAACGGUGGCCAAGGCCUCAUCAUCCGUUCAUCUACACGAGACCGGCCUCCCAGCACGAUAUUACAUCUCACCAGGUGCAGUCGAUCCAGCCGUGAUACGGAAGAGCAGUCUCAUUACCAAAUGCCCAUAUAAAGGCGAUGCCGAGUAUUACCAUAUCCUCGUAGAUGGAGCGGUGUACGAUAAUUUGGUGUGGUAUUACAGGUUGCCUACGCAUGAGAGUGCCGGAAUUGCGGGCCUAUUGUGCUUUUACAAUGAAAAAGUUGACAUUUUGCUUGAUGGGCAACUUUUAGAAAGGCCCAAGACUCACUUUGGGUAG